AUGCCGGUGAACGCGCUGCCCCGUGGCGGCGGAGGCAGCAGCGGCAUCGGCGGCAUCGGCGGCCCGGGGUCCCUGAGCCCGGCGUCGCUGUCCCGCAGCCUGUCCCGACUAAGGGAGUACCGGACCCGGACGAGGAUCAUGCUGGCUCUGGGAGUCUCUCAGAUGGUCCUGGGGAGUCUCAUCCUGGCAGUCAGCUUCGCGGCUCUGGCUCUCACCACAUCACCCAGAGUCCGGCACUCGUGCCCUUUCUGGGCAGGUUUCUCUGUGCUGCUCUCUGGACUGAUCGGAGUGGUGUCAUGGAAGAGGCCGCUCUCUCUUGUGAUCACAUUCUUCAUGCUGCUGUCAGCAGUGUGUGUGAUGCUCAACUUGGCGGGCUCCAUCCUCUCCUGCCAGAAUGCUCAGCUGGUCAACUCUCUGGAAGACUGUCAGCUGCUCAAGUUUGACAGCGAUGGAGUGUGUGUAUGCUGCGAGCUACAGCAGCAGAGUUCGAGCUGCAACAACCUGGGAGAGACACUGAAACUGAAUCCACUGAGGGACUGCAAUACCAUACGCCUCCGUCUCAAGGAGCUGCUGUUCAGCGUAUGUGCCCUUAACGUCAUCUCCACCAUUGUGUGUGCUCUGGCCACUGCCAUGUGCUGUAUGCAAAUGGUCUCAACUGAUGUGCUGCAGAUGUUUAUGCCACACAGAGCGCGAGCCUUAAAUGCCGACUGUAUGACCCCCCAUGGAACCAUCCUCCACCAAACAUUGGACUUUGAUGAGUUUAUUCCUCCCAUUCCCCCUCCGCCCUACUACCCCCCAGAGUACACCUGCACCCCCUCGAUGGAUGGACAGAGAGGCCUGCACCUGGACUUUCCCCAUUCUCCCUUCAGUGCCAUCUAUGGGGUGCCCAUCAACAGCCCAGGGACCCUGUACCCUACUGACCUGCCACCUCCAUAUGAGUCCGUGGUGGGGCAGACCCCUGCCAGCCAGGUUACCACCAGCAUUGAGCAACAGGCUACUGAGUCCAGUUUAUGCGACAGAAACACCACUGCAGGUCUCAGCACUCAGGCCUCGGUGGACAGUGCAUCACUGAUGGUGUCAGAGGUGGCUGAUCAGGACCAGACUUGCUCCUCAGAGGACUUGUGUUCCCUGGAGGUCCAGGGCUCUGACUCUUCUCCCUAUGGCACACUCCACACUGCCCCCACUGAUGGAAGCUGCACCAGCCUGGAACUUUGUACACGUGACUCCUCCCGCUUGCGUCGUGGCCUGCCUAACAUGGAUGCACGCCCCAGUGAUACUGGAUACAGUGAGUCGUCACACACCCAGGAGUCUCUGGAACGCUCUCCUGACUGGUCCUCAGAAAAUUUUAGCAAUCUGGACCAGGAGGAUUCCACAGACAACACACACCCAUCGUCGCCACACUCCCUCAUUAAAGCACGAAUGAUGAGCCGGAAGCUCACGCUCCCUGUCAGUAUCCCCCCACCACCUCAGCCUUGUUCCCCCACCUCUGUGGCCUCCUCUGGUGGAACUUCAGCCAUUAGCCCUUUGGCUCCUUCUCCUUCUCCUUCUCCACCUAGCAGGCCACGUGGCCCCAGGCUGUGUUUCAGUGUUUGGUCACCCUCUUCUACAUCACAACCCCCCUCUACCUCAGUCCAAAGUGGCUACUCGCCCUCAGAGAGGCCUCGGGUGCUCCGAGCAGCCAGGAGGUACCGCAAGCUGGCACGCAUUGUCCGCUCCACCAGUGACCCUAUCUCCUGCUCCUCUACAAUAGGACGAGAAAAUAAUGGCUGUGCCUCUGCAAAUAACCCUGAUACUGAAACUUCAGCUCAUACAUCACCAGAUCAAGAGCCAAGAGACAUUUCAACAGAGGCAGUUGGAGCUAAACCCAGUCACUUAUGUGUCAGGAAGCAGCAGAAGGACGACAGGAAAGUUGACAUCCACCUUAAAGCACGCUCGCUGCACACACACUCGUCCCACGAACGCCCGCACUCCCUGGCUGACCUGAAGAUGUACAAAGACACCAAGAUACUGGUGGCCAAGUUCCUGGAGCAUUCAAGCUGCAGUCUACCUCCUGAAGUCCAGCAGGUUGUCAACAACAUCAAGUGUGUCAUCAAGUCAGAUGAGAAACACAUGGAGGAGGCCAUUUUCAGUGCCAAUGUCAUAGAUCAGGUGAUGACCCAGCGCAUCAUAGGUAGUCCGAGGAAGCGAGACUACCAGGAUCUUCACCUCCAGAGCUGCGGCGCUUUGAGUUCAUCCCCGUCCCCUUCCAUGCGCCGUCCAAAACACCUCCCACAAACAACCAGCACCUCCACCAACCCACUGGACUCCCCUUCCUCUGAUCAAAGCCUUGAGUGCAGAGAAACUAUUCUCUGACCACUCUUCCAGCAAGGACUCGGGUCAAAACUCUGAGGGCAUUUCAGGGUGCUGGAGUUGCAGACACGCUGUGCGGUGUCUGUAGAGUAAUUAAUAACUCUUCAUUGGGAGAUCAUUUAUUUGUACAGUGUGACUGCAAUAUAGGCAAACUGAAGUACUCUCAUGCUGCAUCUCCUAGUGCCCUGUGAGACCGUGCCAAGUCAUCAGCAGAAAUGGUAGCAAA